AUGAUCGAGACCUUCAUCAGCAUAGUGUUCGGCCUGUCUAGCGCCCUCACUGUGUUGAUUCUGUUACUUCCUUCGCAAUAUCAACCAGAACAAGCAGGGUCUCCAAGAUCCGAUGACGCAAAAAGGCGCAAGACAUGUGUUCAAAUACUUGUUCUUGGUGACAUUGGCCGAAGCCCGCGCAUGCAGUAUCAUGCAUUGAGCAUUGCGAAGCAUGGCGGGGAGGUGGUAAUUAUUGGGUAUAAUGAAUCUGAUCCUCAUCCUGAUAUCAUAUCUAACCCCAACAUUUCGAUUGUUCCGCUUCGCCCGCAUCCCGCUCUCCUACAGACCAGUAACAAGCUGCUGUUUACAAUUUACGGGCCCUUGAAGGUACUAUUCCAGAUCGCCUGUCUCUGGAAGUGUCUCGCAUACACCACAAAACCGUCCCAAUGGCUUUUGGUUCAGAACCCGCCUUCCAUUCCUACACUGGCUAUAGCCUCCCUUGUGUGUUUCCUGCGGCAAACAAGGCUCGUCAUUGAUUGGCAUAAUUUUGGAUAUUCCAUACUUGCGUUAAAACUCGGCCCAACCCAUCCAUUGGUGAAAAUGUCGAUAUGGUAUGAGAAGGUAUUUUGCAAGUCUGCUUCGGCCCACUUUUGCGUCACCAAUGCCAUGGCAUCCGUUCUCAAGAAGGAUUUCAACCUUCCAGCUCCUGUCCUGCCACUGCACGACCGCCCUGCCAGUCACUUCAAUCCUAUCCUCGAUCCCAAUGCACGAAUGGAUUUCCUCACGACUCUACCGGAAACGAAAGAAUUUCACUCAUAUUUGAAAGCAGGGUCUCUCCGUGUUCUAGUCAGUUCAACGUCAUGGACUGCGGAUGAAGAUUUCUCGGUCCUCAUCGAUGCCCUCCUCCGGUAUUCGGAACUGGCCAUCACAGUGCAGCCUCACCUCCCCGAGAUUUUGGCUAUCAUAACAGGAAAGGGCCCACAAAAGGAGAUGUAUUUGGAACAGAUUGCGGCCCUUGAAAAGUCCAGCAAGUUACAAAAAGUCACAAUUCGAACUGCGUGGCUGAGUGUACCAGAAUAUGCUCGGCUAUUGGCAUCCGCAUCUCUAGGAGUUAGUCUGCAUACCAGCAGCAGUGGGGUAGAUCUGCCCAUGAAGGUUGUAGAUAUGUUCGGGGCUGGUCUUCCUGUUGUUGGGUGGGAUCGUUUCGAAGCAUGGCCCGAGCUGGUCACUGAGGGCGUGAAUGGGUUAGGCUUUGGAAGCUCAGAGGAGCUAGCUGAGCACUUGGUCGACCUGUUCGGUGAGAACGACAAAUUGGAAAGUCUUCGUCUAGGUGCCCAAAAAGAAAGCUCUCGCCGAUGGGACGACGAAUGGGAUCCUAUUGCGGGGUCCCUUUUUGGGCUCACAUAG